AUGCCGAUUCCCUCCAGACAAGGCGAUUUCAGCUUCCAAAUGCUUAAACAUCCAAACCCCAGAUCGAGCAGACUCUGUGAUAGCAUUUUUCAAGAAUCAAGGCUUCACAGAAACCCAAAUAUCUCAUUUAGACUUUCAGAUUCUGAUAUUGUCAAGAUACUAAUUGCAAGACCCAAAUCCCUUCGUAAAAGCUUGAAGAAUAGUAUAGAACCUACCUUUAACUUACUUAGAGAUUUACUCCAAUCCAAUGAAAAAACUCUUCUUGCAAUCAGGAGGUGUGCGUGGGUCUUGGAUUUGGAUUCCCAAGCAAAUGUGAUUCCAAAUAUGCAGUUAUUGCGUGAUGUUGGUGUGCCUGGAUCAAAGAUGCUUUAUGUAUUAACUUACCACCCUAGAGAUAUUUCAGGUACUAAAGAACAGUUCAAAAAGGUCGUGGAAGAAGUUGUGGAAAUGGGCGUUGAUCCUUUGAAAACAAAUUUCAUGUCAGCUGUUCACGCACUUAGGUCAAUAAGCAAGUCCACUUGGGAGAAGAAGAUGGAGAAUUUUCUUCUACCUGUUGAUGAUCGAUGA